AUAAUCCCCCAGCAUGCACCGAGCACCCGCGCAUCCACGGCCAGGUUGUUGUUGCCAUGAGGAUGGCGAAACAACAGGGGAACUGAGGCGCAGCACUUCCUCCGGUGGCAGAAUAUGUCAGAAUGGGAGGAUGAAGCUUUCUCGGUGUGUGUGUUUCUCUCUCUUUGCAGGUUUCAUUUGGAUGUAUUUUUGAGGUGGACGUGACGGAACCAAAAACUGCUCUUUUAAUUCUUUUUGCAUGUAUCAUCAAUUUAUCCAGAGACCAUUUUAGAGAGAGGAAAACAAAAAAAAACAAAAACAAAAACAAAACCCCACCACAUUUUUGUGUUUUUUCUUACUACAAUAUUAUCAAAAUGGAACACUUGCAGUGAGAAGCCCUGCAGGCUGAGGAGACGGCAGACCACCAGAUGUUUGAGGGGAUUGCUGUCCACCAGUGGCUGUGCUGGGGAGCUCUCUCCCUGUUGGCAGCAGGGGUGGCUUUAACAUCAGAAACACGCCGGCCGUGUCCACAGCCCUGCCGCUGCAACGCCGUGCUGUUGGAGGUGAACUGCUCUGUCGGCCAGUUUACCACAGUGCCUGACCAUCUCCCACAAGAUACCAAGCUUCUAAACUUAACACAUAAUAAGAUCAAGGCUCUGGUGCAUCAGCAGUUCCAGACUUUGACACAACUUUUAGACUUGGAUCUGAGUGACAAUAUUAUGGUUGUAAUUGAAGUCGAAGCCUUUCUGGGCUUGCAAAGUCUUAUAACUCUGCGUCUUGCUCGCAACUACCUAAAGAUUAUUCCUGUUGGAGCAUUUACUGGUUUGCCAAAACUGAAGUUACUGGACAUAAGCAGCAAUGGGAUCCUUGUUUUUCUAGAUUUUACUUUCCGUGACUUGGCUGUACUGCAGGUUAUUCAAGCUGCAGGUAAUGACUUAGUUUUCAUCUCAAAUCAAGCUUUUACUGGCUUAAACACUCUGCAAGAGCUGCACCUUAAUGCUUGCAACCUCAGUGCUGUGCCAACAGAGGCGCUCACACAACUUGGUGGGCUGAGAAGUCUUUAUUUUCACAGGCUGGGCCUCACUACACUGCCAAACUACUCUUUCCGCCACCUAGAGUGUCUCAAGGAACUGGUCAUUUCUCAUUGCCCCUGGCUAGAGAACCUCUCAGGAAACAGUCUCUUUGGCCUAAAUCUUACAUCCCUCACCAUUCGAAACGCUAAACUCAGCGCCGUCCCAUACGCCGCCUUACAUCAUCUUGUAUAUCUGGUAUACCUUGACCUGUCUUUUAAUCCAAUCACCUAUAUUCACGGGAAUUUGCUUGGAGACUUGCUCCGGCUCCAAGAGCUCCAUCUGGUGGGGGGAUCAUUAUUACGCAUUGAAAAUGGAGCACUGAGGGGUUUGACACAUUUCAAAUUGCUGAAUGUGUCCAGAAACCUUCUCACCACACUUGAGGGGGCAGCUUUUCAUUCAGUGGACACCCUAAAAACUCUGGGACUUGAUAACAACCCACUGGCAUGUGACUGCCGCUUACUUUGGGUGGUGCAAAGACGAUUGUAUCUAGACUUUGGUGGAAAACCACCAACUUGCACUACCUCAGUCCAGCUGCAAGGCUGGAGUGUUUUAGACUUUACUGAAACUGAGAUUCCAGGUCUGCUCACAUGUCGGCAGCCUCGUAUUCUGAAUCGCAAAUCUCAAGAUGUGAGAGUAGAUCAAGGACACACGGUAGCAUUUUACUGCAAUGCAGAAGGUGACCCUCUGCCAUCUGUUACCUGGCUAGACCCACAACUUAAACCUUUAUCAUCCAUUGGUAGAAUACGGGCUCUCUCUAAUGGCUCGCUGGAGGUGCGCUAUGCUCAACCUCAAGACAGUGGCACCUAUCUCUGUGUGGCAUCUAAUGCAGCAGGAAAUGAUAGCCUGCCUGUCAGCCUGCGAGUUCAAGCCUUUGCAUCAUCUUCUAAAAAUCAUUUUCGACUUAAAGGUUGGUUUGCUUUUCCGUCUGCCUCUCCGGGUGUGAACGAAACUCAGAAAUUUCCGUUUGAUAUCAAGACGUUACUGAUAGCAGCAACCAUUGGGUUCCUCUCAUUUUUCAGCUCUGUGAGCGUAUGUUUCAUUUUCAUGUUCUUCUGGAGUAAGAGCAAAGGGCAAAUUAAGCACACAGCCACAAUAGCGUAUGUGCCACGAAGCACCAUGUCAAGUAGUAAUGGAGGGACAGGUAACUAUAUGGAGACAAGCAGGUUCACCAUGAAACUGUUAUGAAUCAGUAAGUAAAAAGCCUAUUUUCACUUGGUACAGCUUGGUAUAUUAAGAAUUUAUAAAUCACAAAAUGUAAAACUUUCUGGACAUCAGUGGAAUUUUAAAACACGUCAACUCAUCCAACAGAGGCUGACUGUUGAUAAUUUAAUGUAAAUAUAAGCAUGUUCACUAUAACCUCUGUUGUGUCUAACCAAGAGAUGGACACUAUUUUUUCAUGUCUGUCUCCUCCAUCAGAUAGAACUUCCAUUACAACAAAGCCUGAAUUUAAAUAAACCAAAGUAAGCAAUAUUUAAUAGAACAAUGCAUGUGACGUGUAGAGACAUGAGUUAUUCAGUUAUCUGCUUGCUGCUUUGGCCUUUUUGAUGUAUUUAUACAGAAAUGGUUUGAACUCAGCACAGGGCAUGUGCAAAAUUCUAUUUAUAUUUGUAGGCUUGCUGGCUGACUAAUGUUAUGGUUUAUUUGUUGGAUUUUCUCAUUUUGUUUCUAAAGACCAGAUGCAAUAGUAGACUUACAUAAAUAAGUAAAAUAAUUAUUGACCUCAGAUGGUAGUCAUAAGAUAACUAGAUUUUAAUAAGAUGGAUGUUAACCUUACAUUAAAUACCUUAUUUUGAAUAUACACAAUGAGUGCAUCUAUAUACCGUGUCAUUUCUACUUAAUUUGAACAUACUGUAUAUGCUUUGCUUGCAUUCUAAUAUUGUCACUUUACUGUCACAUUGUCACAUUUGUCCUCUUUAAUGGAUGUAUUCCAUGUAGUUUUUUAAAAAUUCCCCAAUAAAGCACUUCACUUCCUAAAAGUAGUAUAUAAUAAAAUGAUUGUCCUUUCAG